AGUGGGUGAGAAAGAGAGAAUGAGAAGUUACGUGUCGCUCAAAAACAGCUGAAAAGGAAUUUUAUUGUUAUUGUUGUUUUUUUUUCUCAAGAAAUCCUUGUUUCCUUAUAAAAAAUAUUUUCAAAACAAAACAAAGAAAAUACAAGCAUAUCGAGGGCUACAUUGUAAAACCGGCUAACUUUGUAUGAGUUUUAUGUUGAAUGAAAAUGAUGAGAACAAAAACAAAACAAAGAUGGACAUUUUUGAAGGUUAGGUCACUGACCUUUGACUUCCUCUGCUGGAGGAAUUUUUAAUUCAUCUCCACUGGAUUGUCCGGGAAAAACAUUCAGAGAAACAGCUUGAAUGGGGGUUCAGAAGAUGUGAAAAAAAAAGACACAACCAAAGUGCAAAGUAAACAUCUUGUGUAAACAAACAAGAAGUGGGAGUUGCGCGCAACAUAUCUGCGCAACAUUACAGUGAACAUGUUUGCGAACACAAACGGACGUACACACAACGACACUUCGCGACACAUCGGUCAGGGAGUUGCUCGGGAGGAGUUUUUUCAUCGCGCAAGAGAACUGGAGCUACGUGAGCGCCUCCACAGUGUUUUCCAGGGUCACUUGUCGUCCCAGGGAGCACCCCAGUGGAACAUGGAUAGGUAUAGGAUGAUGGAGUCGCAUGUAAAGAUAACGGAACAGCUCAUAAAGUUGGUUAAGCCCCAUCCGGAGCUCUACGACAUGAAUUCACAUCUCUACAACGACAGGGCACACAUUGAUGGGCUCUGGGCGCAGAUUUCUCACACAAUGCAAAUGUCCACGACUGAAGUGCGGACAAAGUGGAAUUCACUACGGAGUCAAUUUAUGCGUGCACUGAAGCACGAGAAGAUGCCCUACGGAGCCUCUGGGAGGCGCCGUAAGAAGUGGUACAUGAUGGAUUCUCUGGAUUUCCUCCGUGGGGUUCUCACAGUACCCGACACAGAUCAUUCCAUCGAUAAAUCCCCUCCGGAAACAUCAAAGCGACUCCCUUCGUAUCCCGAAAUCCCAAUUGUGGUGAUGAAGCAGGAAUCCCAGAGUGCAGAGAGUGAGGGUGGUGUGGAGGAGAUCCCACUGCCGGAGAAGAGACACAGACUCAGUGGGCCAUCAGAGGAGCGUGCAGAGAGUCCACUGGAUAGAUAUGGCGAAAGGACCUACAUGGAUGACUCUUAUGCCUCCACAUGCAUCCUGGAUGAUCCACCGGGACCCACAGUGAGUGCCACGCAGCCAGGAAACUACGAUCAGCUAUUUUUUCAGAGUCUCGAUGAGGAUAUCAAGAAGUUGGCGCCACACCGACGUCGGCGACUCAAGGAAGUCUUCCUGCAGACACUAAAUAACCUCCUGGAUCAGCAGGAAAUGGAAAUGGAGAGGAAUACUGUGGCCAGGGUGUGCCAGAGGAGUCAGAAUUAGUGGAAAAAACUCUAUUUUUAUUGAAAGGAUUUCUUUUUGAGAAAGAAUCCUUUUAUUGAAAAAAGAUUUUUUUUUGAUGGGAAAAGAUUUGAAACAAAAAAUCCUUUUUUAUAGAAAAAUGUUAAGAAAUUCCUUCUGCGGAAAGGGAUGCCUAAAAUCAAGGAAUAUAGAACCUUUAAAAUUUAUUUAAGAACUCCAAGGAUAAGUUUUUGAUCUGGAGGCUCUGAAAGGAGCAAAAUUAAAACAACAAAUUCAUAUUAAAAUAAAUAUUUAUUCCUUGAAUUUGGGAUUACUACCCUACCAUCCAUGAGUCCUGAUGUUCCUGUGGCUUAAAGCACAACAGGAUUGUAACAAAUUAACGGCCGAUGAGAAACCAAUAGAUUAAUGUAAAAUAAAUAUAUCAGUUUUAUGUGAAA